AUGGAGAGUGGUCGAUUGGGUUGUACAUUGUGCUCAUUCCUGUCCAAGGAAGUCGUGAACCACAGCAAAAAUCUCAGCAACAAGGCAACAGAGUUCCACGAAGGAGAUCUCUGGAUCAAGUUCGUCGCCCGGCCCGGUAAAAAGGGCAUCGGCGGUAUUGUGGUCUACAACAAAUACGCCGAGUACCAAUACAUCCGGGUUCUUCAGACCGUCGAUUUUGACCCGUUAUCCCAAGAAAACGUCGCGAGAAUCAAGACCAGCAUGGAGACCUGUGUCGGACAGCACCAAGCGUGCCCUUCUUUCACCGCCAGGCCGGCCCCCAAGAGGCUGAUCAAUCUAACGGAAGGUGACGAGCUUCGACUGGAGAACACGGAGGGAAAGGUGUGCCAAUACGCUGCUCUCAGUUACCGCUGGGGAGAUCCAGAGUCAGUCCGAGAUGCUCGAACUGUUGCCCACAAUCUGAAGGCGAGAAUGAGCAAGUUCUCUUUAUCAGAGCUCCCAACCACGAUAGGUGAUGCUAUAAGGGCCACACGAGCUUUGGGUAUAAGAUAUCUCUGGGUUGACUCGAUAUGCAUCGUCCAAGAGCCCAUCGACAUCGAAUGGAGGUCAGAGGCCAAGAGAAUGAUGGACUACUACGGCAACGCCUACUUGACUAUUGUCCCUGUGGCAUCAGAAUCGGCUGAUGCCGGCUUUGGAUAUGGAGAGACCCGCAUGUCCUGGACUCGCUUGCAGGCCCCGUGGUACCAGACAGGCAAUCAUCAACUCAUCCUGGCCCGUGAAAACUGUCACAAUGAGUUGGACACAGCUGACCGCAUGGCUGAAGCUGCCGCGUUCUCGUCUGCAUGGAGUCGAAGGGCAUGGACAUACCAAGAGCAGCUGAUGUCGUCCCGAAUUCUCUACGUCUUGCCGGACAGAGCCUUGUUGGACUGCCGCGCUGGAGAAUGGGAGACUUUGGGGGGUUGGGACGAAGACAGAAGGUUCCUCGUCAACCAUUUCCUUCCUCUCGAUGCAGAUUUCAUGCCGAAAGACGCAGAUUCAUGGUGGCGACUGGUCUACAAGUUUUCGAAGAAAAAUUUGACGUUCGAGAAAGACAGGUACUUUGCCUUCCUUGGGAUAGCAAACAAUUGGAGUUCCGUCUACGGACGUGAUAUUAUCCUGGGUUUGCGGAAGGACGUCCUCAUUGAAGAUUUGGUAUCAUGGGCAUCGCCCCUUUGGGACGAACGAUGGGAACCGGACGCGCCUCAUCAGACCGGUGAUGCCCGCCUACCAUCGUGGACGUGGAUGGCAGAAAAAAGAGAGUAUGCGGCCGGAAUUGACAUCAUAUUCGUCAAAGACCACCGCAAACCGCGAGCACAUCUGCUGGCAAUCAACGAGUCGUCAGACAUUUGGCGGACUAGCCUGCAGUUGCGGACCGUAUUCCUUUCUGCGGAAGAGCUCCUGGGCCUGGUAACACAAUCGUAUACCAGUUACAAGCACAGCAGAGAAUCCAUCCCAUAUCGACAAUACGGAACAGCGCGUUUUGAUCGCUGCGACUAUGCCGAGCUCUGUUCGUGCAGGUCACCACACCCGGCAUUGGAUUGCACAGCUUUGCGCAUUCUGUCGUCCAGCAGCCGAGAUGUAUCGGCUUGUCUCAUGGGACCGGGGACAAUCAAAGGAGCGGAUCUCAUGUAUUGGUUCUUCCUCCUAGUCGAGCCAGUCAAAGAGGUCAAGAUGGCCCACGAGCAGCAGCAGGCAUACCGGAGAGUUGGCGCGCUUGACUUUACUACUGAGUUCAUGGACAAAUAUGAUCCGGAGCUAAGUUCAAAGAUCGCUGCUCGAUUACCGCGAGAAAUCACCCUAUUUUGA